AGCCAUGCGCUAGGUAUGUCAAAAGAAGAUGUCAAAUGGUUACUCAGGAAACAUAAUUUAUUUAUUACUGAUUAUCGUUGAAUUUCUACUCAAAAUAAUAUUCGGUGUGAGUAACACGUUACUCGUGGUCUUAGAGCUAAUACUAAGAAGCUUGUUAAAUGUGAAUAUGACUGAAACAGCAAAAAAAAGCAAACGUGCCAACGACCCUACCAAUAACCAAACUAUUGCAAACCGUGGUCUUAUCAGCGCAAACUGGCAGAAAUUUCUAUCAAGUAACCUAAUUUCGGACAAGAAAAUUGAAAAACCUUUACAAGAAAACUCGAAGGACCACUUUACGGGAACUUUUAGACGCGCACGUAAGAAGAAAGCUAAAACCCAGGUGCUUGUACGAAAUGAGCUAAAAACGCUUGAUAUCACUAAGGAAACUAAAGUUAAAGCUAGCAACAGUGAUAAUAUAGCUGAUGUCGAACAUACAGUUCCUAAAAAACAGGAUAAUAAUAGUAAAAAUAAAUUAACUAAAUUCAUAGCCAUAGAUUGCGAAAUGGUGGGUAUAGGGUACGAUGGCAACGACCACAUGCUAGCUAGGGUAUCUCUAGUGAACAAGUUCGGUGACUGUAUAUAUGAUAAGUUUGUUAAACCGAGGGAAGAGAUCAUAGAUUACCGAACAAGUGUGUCCGGAGUCAGAAAAGAGGACUUAAUUAACGGCGAAGACUUUGCCAAAGUGCAGAAAGAUGUGGCGGAGAUGAUUCGGGGCAAGAUUCUGGUCGGGCACUCCUUGAAGCACGAUCUGAGUGUAUUAUUCCUCUCGCACCCUAAAAGGAGUAUCAGAGACACAUCUAGAUAUAAACCAUUUAGAAAGAUAACCAAAGGCAGCACACCGUCUCUAAAACGUCUAGCAAAAGACAUACUGGGCAUAGAGAUCCAGCACGGAGAGCACAGCUCCGUCGAAGACGCCCGGGCAGCCAUGCAGCUCUACUGCACCGUAGCUAAGGAGUGGGAGAGGAUGAACAGCGAAAAGAGAGGGUAUAGGAAAGAAGCUUAACAUUAAGCCUUGUUUUAGUAUGUCUUUUCCUUAGAGAAUUUUACAACCGGAGUACCCUUUAAAAGCUUACACCUCUGUUGAAAUCCUCGCCCAAUUUUCAUACUCAAACUAUGGUAUGGACUGACGUUUAUCUGACAUGGCUAUUUGUACGUUACAUACAAAUAGCCAUACAGUUGACGUGCUUCUCGCCCGCAAAAAUCGGCAGACUGUUUUGUACAGACAAGGCAACUCUGGUUGUUAAAUUUUAAAUUCUCUAAGUCUUUUUCAGACAAUGUUGUGCAUAGAAACAAAAUGGAAUGAAAUAACUUGAUUUAAGUAAUUUUACAUAAAUUAUAUAUUUAGAAAAAAAGGGCUACCUACUCAUUUUUAUGAAACAAAAAAACUAUGUAUUGUAAUCCCACAGGUUAGGAAAUGAUUAAAACAUUUUGUAGAUGCAGCUUUUCUUGAUUUUCCUAAUUUUAGAAUAUGUAUUUUUAUUAGGACAAGAAACUCAUCUGUUGAUCCAAUAAUCAGUGGCCUAUUUUAUAAAGCU